UCUGCUCUCUCUCUCUCUCUCUCUCUAUCCCCGUGAAAAUGAAUUUUCAUUUUCACAAGCUGCGUUUCUUAAUCUUAAUCUCUAUGUUGGUUAUCAACAGUAUAAUCCGAUUGGCCGAGCCGAUACCGACCACCGAAGACGACCGGUCAUUCUUCGACCCGGGCUGCUGCUUUGGAUCCAAGCCUUCGUCGGCGGCUCACAAGAACCGGACCUGCCUGUCAGCCACGGCUUCUUCGCCGGAGAUAUCAGGUACGGGCUGCGAGGUGUGGACCAGGGCGUGCUCGGAGGCGGUGUUGGGCUUGGCGAGGCGGCCUGAGGCGGUGGAGUGGGUCAGGGGCCUGAGGAGGAGGAUCCACGCGAACCCCGAGCUUGCGUUCGAGGAAUUCGAGACGAGCAAGUUGAUCCGAGACGAGCUGGACCGCAUGGAGGUCGAGUACAAGUACCCGUUGGCCAAGACGGGUAUUCGGGCUUGGAUCGGGACCGGCGGCCCGCCUUUUGUGGCGAUCAGAGCUGACAUGGACGCUCUCCCAAUUCAGGAAGCCGUAGAAUGGGAGCACAAAAGCAAAGUUGCAGGCAAAAUGCACGCUUGUGGGCAUGAUGCACAUGUUGCCAUGCUUAUUGGUGCUGCCAAGAUAUUGAAGACUCGCGAACAUCUAUUGAAGGGUACUGUGAUACUGCUGUUUCAACCAGCAGAAGAAGCAGGGAAUGGCGCAAAACGGAUGAUCGGGGAUGGGGCUCUGGAAAAUGUGGAGGCCAUAUUCGCAAUUCAUGUAUCCCAUGAACAUCCUACUGCUACUAUUGGGUCAAGACCUGGUCCUUUGCUCGCCGGCUGCGGCUUUUUUAGGGCUAUAAUAAGUGGGAAAAGGGGCCACGCUGGGAACCCCCACCACUCGCUUGACCCCAUUUUAGCAGCUUCAGCCGCAGUAAUCAGCUUACAGGGUAUUGUGUCUCGUGAAGCAAAUCCUUUGGACUCACAGGUUGUGUCGGUGGCAUCAUUUAAUGGAGGCAACAACCUUGACAUGAUCCCGGACACUGUGGUCCUUGGUGGCACCUUCAGGGCUUUCUCCAACACAAGCUUUUACCAGCUUCUCCAAAGAAUAAAAGAGGUAAUUGUGGAACAGGCCAUUGUUUACAGAUGCUCGGCAACGGUUGACUUCUUUGAAAAUGAGUACACCAUAUAUCCCCCCACUGUGAACGAUGAGAAAAUGUACGAGCAUGUGAGGAAGGUGGCCAUCGAUUUGGUGGGUCCAACAAAUUUCAGGGUGGUCCCACCAAUGAUGGGUGCUGAGGACUUUUCCUUCUACUCUGAGGUUGUCCCUGCGGGCUUCUUCUACAUAGGGGUAAGGAACGAGACGUUGGGUUCCAUACACACAGGCCACUCACCUUAUUUCAUGAUCGAUGAAGACGUUCUACCCAUAGGCGCUGCAGCUCACGCCACUAUCGCAGAAAGAUACCUCAACGAGCACCCGUGAUGUGCUCUAUGAAUUUUGGUCCAAUUGAGGGAUGAUAAAAGGGAAAAAUCUCUCAUGGUGUAAAGAACCAAGUGCAGUUGUAACUAGUACUUCGAUGUUAUUGUUGUUACAGAUAUAGUUGUUCCUUUUU